CUCUCCCUCACCUGCUCCGCUUCCAUUUACUUCCUCUCCUCCUUCCCCACGCAUUCUUCUCCUCCAUCUCCGUACGAACCAACCCUGGUCACGUUGCAAUGGCGGGCCGCGCGUGCUCUCCCAGAGACCUGCUGCCGGACCGCGCGCCGCCCGACCACCGUCACGCGGGGCGCGGACGACGACGCGGGGAGGCGCUACCCCCGCCCCCGCCGCCCGGCUCGCGCGUCGCCUUCCUCGACCGCUGGGAGGGCGGCGCGGACGCGGACGCGGACGCGCUCCCUCCCCCACCCCCGCUCGGCUACUCCCGCCUCUUCGUCGACCCGCCGCGCGGCUCCAGCCCCGGAGCCGACACCCAGGGCACGCGCGUGAACGUGCCGCUCCCGCCCGCUCCCCCGCCCGUCACGCUCCGCCCCGAGCGCGUCGUCUACCGCCUGGAGUCCGACUCUUCGCCGCGCUCCGGCUCCGGGAGGAGCAGCAGGGCCUCCAGCCCCAGCGCCAGCGCCACCCUGUGGUCGCCACCGCCCUCGCCGUUCAACAAGCGGCGCCGCUCCCCGCCGCCACGCUCGCCGUCUCCCGGCCCGCCGAAGCGCCUGCGCAGGUACUGGCACGCUGGAGGCCGCGUCGAGUUCACCGGGCAUCGCCCCUCAGAUGGGCCUGCUUCCAGUAAUGGUCAAGAUAUAACCCAAAGUAAAGGAUUAAUGACGUACAAACACUUUAUCCAAGCUCUUGAAGAUGAUGUUUCACCACAUGAAGCUGGCAGAAGGUACCAAGAAUACAAGACAGCAUACAUUACUACACAGAAACGUGCCUAUUUUGAUCUCCAUAAGGAUGAAACUUGGUUGAAAGAGAAGUAUCACCCGACAAACUUGUUAUCUGUUAUUGAAAGGAGGAAUGAGUUUUGUAAGGCUGCAGCGAAGAAUUUUAUUAUUGAUUUGCGAAGUGGAACUUUGGACAUUGGUCCUGAAAUGACUGCUGGUGGAGCAAGCAAAUCAGGAAAUGACAACGAUGGAAGCUAUGGGAAUGCUGAAGAUUAUGGUAACAAGAGAAGAAAGAAGGGAAGAGGUCACCUAAAAGUAGGGCCACUUUCAACUGCUCCAAAAGCUCAUCCGGUCAGUUCAAAGUAUCGACGAAUUCAAACUGACAUAGAUCAAACUCUAGCUUUAGUGCAAAAGCUUGACGCGGAGAAGGGUAUUGUUGGAAACAUUCUGUCAAGUGGUGGUGAUCAUGGCAAGGCAGAUCUUGACAGAUCAAAUGUUGGAUCCACAGGGCCUAUAGUUAUUGUCCAUGGCUUAACUACUGUCAAGGGCCUUGAUGGUGUUGAGCUCCUUGACACUCUCCUCACUUACUUAUGGCGUAUCCAUGGCGUUGAUUACUAUGGCAUGUCUGAAAGGGAAGAUGCAAACGGUUUUCGUCAUGUGAGGGCUGACAAAAAAACUGCCAGUGCAUUUGACAUUAGUGCUGCUGAUUGGGAGAAACAACUUGAUUCAUUCUGGCACGAAAGACUGGUGAAUGGCGAUGAUCCUCUAGUUGUAUUGACUGCCAAUGACAAAAUUUAUGCAGCAACUCUUGAAACUCUGGAACUUCAUGUGAAGAAAAUUAUGGAUGAGAAUCGUGGCUGUAAGUAUGGGUGUGGAGCCAAGGGGUGUGGAAAAGUUUUCCAUGCUCCUGAGUUUGUUCAAAAGCAUCUAAAACUCAAGCACCCUGACUUGGUCUCUGUGUUGACUUCGGGAGUUCAAGAUGAUAUCUACUGCCAAAAUUACAUGAAUGAUCCAAAUGCCCCAGGUGGAGUACCAGUUAUGCAGCAACCUGAACAAUUAUAUGUGCAGGAGAGCAACAGAAUGAGACGAAUGCCUGAUGAGCAGAUAGUAGGCGCUAUUGACGUACAGGGUUCAGAUGCCCCAUUUGUCCCUGAAUUCUCCUCUUCACCACUACUAAUCCCUGUGUGUGGUGCUGGCCCAUUUGGUCCAUUUGUUCCUGUACGACGAGAUAUGGCCAUUCAAAUGAUGCGAGAGCAAAGACCUCCAAGACCAAAUGGUGCUCGGGGUAGGAAGGAAUGUUUGAUGCCGGUACCAAUGAUGCCCAUGUAUCCGUAUUUCCCGCGCAACCCUCGUGUUUUUCGAAGUUACGAAGAUCUUGAUGCUCCUGGGGAAGAAGUCACUCCCAUUGACUACAGAAGCAUGUAGGGCAUCUCCUGCUAUCCACUCUAAUCUACUGAGGACCCAUAUAGCUAAUGUGCCCCAGGAAGCAUGAAAAACUGACACGAAAGCAAGUUACUUGCUGUUCCUGUGGCAACGGUGACGGCAGACAGGGAAUAGAUUUCUUUGUGGUUCUGACUGACAUAUGAUGCCUCGUCAUUCUGUUGGUCUUAAUUAUGUCCUUUCCACUGCAACUA